UUCUGUAAAUUUUUAUAGCAUUUUCGAAAUAAUUGCGUGUUUUAAAAUUCGUUCGAGAUCGGAAACUCGAGACUUUGUUGUACAGAUAUCGGAGAAGGAAAGGACGAUUUCCCGGCACUGAAAUUCUGACUUGGAAUCUGUGAAGCUAUGGCCUCCGUUGCUUCGAAGCUGUAUUCAGACGAUGUUAGUCUUCUAGUUUUGUUGCUUGACACGAAUCCUUUUUUCUGGAGCACUACGUCGAUUAAGUUCUCUCAGUUCCUCUCUCAUGUGCUUGCUUUUCUGAACGCAGUUUUGGGAUUAAACCAAUUGAACCAAGUUGUAGUUAUAGCUACUGGAUACAGUUCCUGUGAUUACAUUUAUGAUUCGUCUUUGACACCUAAUGGGAAUUUCGAGAGCAGUGGAAGUGGAAUGCCUGCUCUUUUUGGUUCUUUGCUGGAGAAAUUGGAAGAUUUUGCUGCCAAAGACGAGGAGCUCAGCAAGGAGGAGGAGCAUGAGGAUAGAAUAGCUUCCUCUCUCUUGUCAGGAUCACUCUCCAUGGCUCUUUGCUAUAUACAGAGGGUUUUCCGUUCUGGACAUCUUCAUCCUCAGCCUCGGAUUUUAUGCUUGCAAGGUUCCCCAGAUGGCCCGGAACAAUAUGUAGCUGUAAUGAACUCUAUCUUCUCUGCCCAACGCUUGAUGGUUCCCAUUGAUUCAUGUUACAUAGGUACACAGAACUCAGCAUUUUUACAGCAGGCAUCUUAUAUAACUGGCGGGGUGCAUCAUACACCUAAACAGUUGGAUGGGCUGUUUCAGUAUCUAACGACGAUCUUUGCAACUGAUUUGCACUCCCGCGGCUUUGUACAACUUCCUAAACCCGUAGGCGUUGAUUUUCGCGCAUCGUGUUUUUGCCACAAAAAGACUAUCGAUAUGGGCUACAUCUGUUCAGUGUGUCUGUCCAUUUUCUGUGAGCAUCACAAGAAAUGUUCAACGUGCGGGUCUGUUUUUGGCCAGUCUAAACUUGAUGAUGUUUCAUCUGUCUCUAACAAGAAGAGAAAAGCUCCUGAUACCUAAGUACCUAACAUCAUCUUCUAUGCUGGAGAAACUGCAAAUUUAGUUCAACAGUCGUGCAUUGUCUUUGCGUUGAUUUGAUGUACAAGAAUCUAUGAAUGAAUACCAUAUUGAAAUCAAUUAAAUUACAAUUUUGAU